AUGGCUGAGCCCGCUACCACUGAUGAUGUGAUCAUCAAGUCAAACAACAGCGAAGCUAACAGCGACGCCAACUGCGAGAAGGACAACACCGCACCGUUCCCCCUAUCAACCCAAGAGCAGCUCCAAGCGCAGGCCCUCCGCCGCGAAGCAGCCGUCGCCUUCAAGCACCAGAUCAGCCAGUGCCGCCUGGCCCUCAAGUACUCAGUAAUCGGCUGGACAGGCACCCUAGACCAGGAGAAGAUCCCCGCGGCCCUCUCCAAUGCGCCCUCGAUCCGCACCCUCGACGCAAAGAUGGACGCCCUGGAGCGUGCCCUGACGCCCUUCCUGCCCCGCGACAGCGGCGGCCAGGAGCUGGGCCCGGAGGCGCUGCGGGGCGUCGAGCGCGUGCGCGAGCGGCUGCUCGGCAUCGCACCAGGUGUCAAGUCCACCAAGGUCGUUGGCCCCGUGCUGGAUUCCAUCGAGCGGGACGCCCGCGCCGCACGCGUGCUGCCGCCCGAGGACAUGUGCGGCUGGGCGUGGUCGUGGGUCUUUGACGACUGGUUCCGGUGGUGCGGGAGGGCGCGCGCGUGGGUCUCGGCUACGCAUGGGGCGAGGGUUGAGUUUUUGGUUUGA